AUGUACUGGUUGCGUUUCUGCCUUUUAAUUUCCGCUUUGUUUACUGUUCUUUGCGCAGCUAAUCGCGGUCCUACUAUUACGGAGAAUGUUUACUUUGACUUGAAACAGGGCGACGAGUUCUUGGGACGUGUCGAAUUCGGUUUGUAUGGAAAAACUGUCCCUAAAACGGCUGAAAACUUUCGUGCAUUAGCAACCGGAGAAAAGGGCUUUGGCUACGAAGGAUCUUCCUUCCACCGCGUGAUUCCCAAAUUUAUGAUCCAAGGAGGAGACUUUACAAACCAUGAUGGUACCGGUGGAAAAUCAAUUUAUGGACCUCGUUUCGGUGAUGAAAACUUCAAGAUCAGCCAUAACCGCGUUGGUUUAUUGAGUAUGGCAAACGCUGGUCCCGAUACCAAUGGAUCUCAAUUCUUCAUCACCACCACGAAGACCCCCUGGUUGGACGGUCAUCAUGUCGUUUUUGGUGAAGUCGUUUCUGGUUACGAAAUCAUCCAAAAGAUCUCCAAGACUAAAACGAAUAGUCGUGAUCGUCCUGUUGUUGACAUCGUCAUUGCCAAAUCUGGUAUUCUUUCCAAGUCAGAAAACAAUGAAGGAACCGAUGAGUUGUAA